AGUCCCUGUAAGUUGUACGACUGAGUACUCUGACUGUUUGAAAAGACUUGGCUUCAAGACACUUAACUCAUGCACAGUCAAAAAAAAGAUUCUGUUCAGCUGCAGCAUAUGUGACCAAAGUUUCACCUGGUACAAACAGCUCAGGAACCAUCAGUGUGUUGGUGGUCAGAGUCAAACUGAGGAGAACAGAGAGAACGCUGAAGACAUUGAAACAGAAGCUGAUGAAGAGGACUGUGGAGGACCAGAACCAGCCAGGAACUCACAACCACUUUUACAACCAGAGACUGAAGACCAGACUGGAGACUCUUUGGGAUUUCAAACAAAGGGCGGUAAUGAUGAUGAUCAGACUGACCCCAGUCAUUCUCAGUCAACUCCGAAAAGUAACAAAGUCCCUGUGAGAUGUACAGAACAGAAAACAUUCAGCUGUUCGGUUUGUAAGAAAUGUUUCAAAUACAGAGGUUUUUUUGUGAAGCACAUGAGAACGCACGUGAGAGAGACAACGUCCUCCGUCAGUGACACUCAGACACAUCACAAAACUGCAGAAGCAGAAGACACUGAAGACAAGACUGGAGACUCUUCUGAAUUUAAAAUGGACGUCAGUGAUCAUUGGACCAAACCCAGUGAACUUCAGCCAACUCUUAAAUGUAAUAGGGUCCCUGUGAGCGGUAAGAGACCUACAACUGGAAACAGGAAACAGUUCAGCUGCUCGGUGUGUGGGAAAAGAUUUAGCAACAAGACAAGUCUUAAAAUACAUAUGAUAACUCACUCAACCGACAAACCGACAGUUUGUGGUAGAAGUUUUUCUCAGAAGGGGAACUUAGUUUGUCACAUGCAACGCCACACAGAAGAGAAAAAAUACAACUGUACAGUUUGUGGGAGACGUUUUAAAUUCAAAGAAGAUUUCGGGCAACACAUGAAAAUCCACAAACCAGAGACACAGUCUACUUCCUGUGUUAGUGCCGCAAAAAAGCAGCCGGGGGAGAGCUUCAGUCUGAACCGGGAAGAGCCAGAAUUUAGGAACCCUGAUCCACAUUUACAACCCAAAGACAAGACUGGAGACUCUUCUGAAGUCAGCAAUGGUUUGAAAGAGAGCCCAGGACGGCAGUUUGGUUUGAUGUUUUGGAAAAAUACUGAAGUCCCAGCGGAGAAAGCACAUAGCUGCUCUUUAUGUGGCAAACGUUUUAUCAAUGAGUGUACCCUGAGAGACCACAUGAUACAGCACACGGACACGCCGUUCAGCUGCUCCGUUUGUGGCAAAGGUUUUUCUCAGAAGGAGACGCUAGAGCGUCACAUGCCACAUCACACCGGAGAGAACAACUACAGCUGUACAGUUUGUGGGAGACGUUUCAGGUUCCAAGGAGACGUCGGGAGACACAUGGCAGUCCACGCAAAAUACAAACCGACAGAGCGAGUUGGCAAUGUAUCGAUAGAGAGCAGAGAACCGCAGUCAACUUUAAAGUCUCAGAAACAUACAGACGUCCAGGCUGAGGAUUCACUCAGCUGCUCUUUUUGUGGCAAAACCUUUACCCGUAAGUUCUGCCUGAAGGUCCACAUAAGACUGCACACGGGAGAGAAACCGUUCAGCUGCUCCGUCUGCGGUAAGCGCUUCGUUCAGCGCUACCACUACCUGGAACACACGAGGCUUCACACAGGAGAGGGCACAUUCGACUGCUCUCUGUGCGGGAGAAAGUUCGGACACAUGUUCCGACUCAGAAAUCACAUGACCUCUCACACGGGAGAGAAGCCGUUCAGCUGCUCCGUCUGCGGCAAAGGCUUCAGAUUCAAUGGAGAACUAAAGAGUCACGCGCUGGUUCACUCGGGGGAAAAACCCUUCAGCUGCUCCGUCUGCCUACGAGGUUUCCGUCUUAAGUUUAUGUUAACAAGUCACAUGACAAUCCACAGCGGGGAGCUCCCGUUCAGCUGCUCCUUCUGUGGGAGAAGAUUCCGGCAAAAGGGAAAUCUGAAAACACACAUGAAGAAGCACGAGACGGAAGCAGCUCCGGCUGCAGAGUUAAAGACAAAAGGAUAACUCGGUGGGAGAAGAAGAAAAACAGAACUUUCUGAUAGAUGUCCCCAAAAAAUGGGGAAUUCCAGUGUUGCAGCUGCAGAAUACCGAACACGCAGCAAAAAUACAGAAUAUACAUGAAAUAACAGGAUGCAAUUUAAGAACAGAUCAUUUAAAAUAUAUACAACUUGGGAAUGAAAAUAUACAACUGUUACACAACUGUACCAUCAUUAAUAACGCUGUAGGUAAAGUAAAUAUCGUGUU